GCGAAAACAAAGUGACAGUACAAUUCCAGAUGAAGAGGAAGACGAAACUGAGGACCCGCUGGUCUUCGUCUCGCAGAACAUGCCAACAGUAUAUGAGGAUGAUCAUAGAGGCCCCUUCACUGUAUACGUGGACACAGCGAAAGCGGAACCAAGAACACCAAUUAAUCAGUAUAGACUUGCGAAGAAACUACUUGAUCUCAAGGUAGGAGAUAUAGACAACAUUAUUAAAAUAGGUUAUAGUAGAUGUAAGGUGACGUUCAGAUCGAGAUCGGCAGCAAAUAAUUUUGUGAAUAGUAAACAAUUGGAGAGUGCAGGUUACACCCCAAGAAUCUUUGCCCACCUUUUGACGAAAACGGGAAUAGUCUUUAAUAUACCGGAAGAGAUCUCAAUGAAGGAAUUAUCAGCCAUGCUAACAUCACCAGUGCCUAUAGUCAAAUUGAUAAGAAUGACGAGAAAGAAUGGAAACGAAAGAUGUGCCACUAUGAAGUGUUACAACUGUUUUAAAUUUAACCAUAUGGCGGACAACUGUAAGCAGAAGGAGAAGACAUGUGGCAAAUGCUUUACUAAACACACUUUGAAUUCUGAUUGUGAUACGGAAUGA